AUGUACACACACAACACACACAUACAGACACAUGUACACACACACAUACAGACACAUGUAUACGCACACAGGCACGUGCAUACACACAGAUACAUGUACAUACACAGAAAUACACACGCACAGACACAUGUACAUACAUACACAUGUACGUACAUACACACAAACAACAACACAACAUGUACAUACACACACAGAAACAUGUACACACACACACACACAUACAACACAUGUACACACACACAUACAGACACAUGUAUACGCACACAGGCACGUGCAUACACACAGAUACAUGUACAUACACAGAAAUACACACGCACAGACACAUGUACAUACAUACACUCCUUGCUUUGCUUUCACUGUGCUCAGCUAUUGAGGGCUCCCAAUGCCAAUGACAGAUCCGGCCUGAGCUCCGAGCCUGCUCAGCAAGACCGCCCUGGGGGACACACUUGCCUCCACCAU